AUGGCCCACCUACUCCGAUCAAUCCUCUUCCCCUCCGAAGGUGAUCCAAAUCACCUGGCCACGCCACCGAUGAAGGUGGCAUCCUUCUCUGCUUCAAACCAUGGUCGUCCCCGACGAUGUGAGGGUGCUCAGGCAAGCGCCAGAGAGGGUGAUAUGCUGCAAGGUUUUCGUCCUCGCUACAACAACCCUGAAGUAUUUUUUACUCAGGACCCUGAGAUUGAAGAACCUGCUGCUUCGAGGUUUGUUGCUGACAGCAUUCUAGGAGGGUUUGAUCUCAACCAGCAGUAUGAAGAUAAUUGUGGUGUUGAUGCUACGCCAGCUGUUUCUUAUGUUGGCAUGGAAUUCGAUGAUCUAGAAGAAGCAUAUAAAGUCUACAAUGACUAUGCCUACAAACCAGGGUUUGGCAUAAGAAUAGGAAACACAAAAUACAGUACAGCACGCAAUGUACCAAAGGAUACAAUACUGAACAGGGUGUUCGAGUGCGUCCAUACUGGGAAAACUUCUGCUGCAACUCAAGGGAACCGUAACAGAAAAGAUGCUGCUGCAAAUAUGAUGGAUAGUCCAGUUGACAUGAGCAGCUUCACCGCGGAGAAACAAUCAAAAAAUAAAGGGCUGCAGAUGGACCUGUCUGAUACAAGGCAACGAAACAGACUGUUGCGCUACGAUUGCAAAGCACAUAUGCAUGUUGGCAAGCGAAACGGUCGUUGGACAGUGACAAUUUUCAUAGAGGAUCACACACACCCUAUGGUGAAGCAACUAGGGCGACGCAGAUAUUGCCGCUCACAUAGGAAGGUGCCAGAAGAGGACUUUCUGUUGCUGCAAACCUUGCAUAAUCAGAACAUUAGUACUGCUCAGAUUAUGGGGUGCCUAGGAAAUGUUCAUGGUGGUGACCUGAGGACAUUGGGUUAUGUGAAGAGAGAUGUUUCGAACAUAAGAACAAUGCUUCGUAAUGAUGUCUCGCUGCGAGACAUGAGUCUGACAAUUGAGUACUUUGAAAAAAGAAAAGCUGAAAGCCCGAGCUUCUUUUAUGCAACACAACUGGAUGAGAAUAAUGCUGUAAGGGCUCUGUUCUGGGUGGACGGGAGAACUAGGUCAUUGUAUCCAAAGUACAAGGACUGUCAAUAUGAAUUGUGCCAGAACUUGAUGCUAGAUCGUGAAGAUAAUGCAGGUUUCACCAUGGAGACAACAGGGAGACCUCUUUGGGGAAGUUGGAGCAUUGAGGCACAAUCUCAGAAAUUCUACACCCCAGAAGUGUUUGAAAGGAAGAUGAACAAUCUUGCUUCGGAUGCUUGCUACGCUGAAGAUACAUAUGCAAUUGUGUCAAGCAUGGUUGAUGAAGCAAGUAAAAUUGUAACUAACAUGAGGAGAGCUCGAAAUGGAAUGCAGCAACAGCCAAAAGAUAUGCAGCCGGAACAGCAUGAAGCAGGACAUGAGGGUAAUGAAGCACAACAGAAAGCAGCAGUAGAUGAAGCACAAGGAAGUGGCAACCUGCGAAACCCACCCAGGAACAAACCUAAAGGACGUCCAAAAGAAACAGAAAAGCGACAUAAGCCUUUGAUCGAGCUAAGAGAAGAAGCAAACAAAAAGAGACAGAAGAAGGCGAGUGAACCCAAGACCAAGAAGGAACCUGCAAUGAAGAGGAAGGCAAGGGUGAAAAAAUGUCUCUAUUGCAAUGAAGAAGGUCACACGAUACAAGAAUGCACAUGGAUGAAACUUGCAAGACAAGCUGACGAAGCGAGGGAUGCAGGCGUUGAGUUGAGGUUAUAG